AUGCAGUUGUGUGACGACGCGCACUUGUUAAUUGUUCAUUACCCGAACACGCACGCAACAAGAAUGGGGAAUCCAGUCCGCGCGACGACAAAGGGAGGCGUGGGGCCCGCGUGGAGCCGUGUUUGUGCGGCAAAAAAUUCAACUGUCAUCGGUGGCGCCGCGUCCGGCAACGACAGCUGCGGACCACCUCGCGCCUCGAGCGGGGACGUUGCGCCGCCACCCCACCACCCCCCCAACCCCGGGGGAGCGGACGGCGACCGUUCCCCCCGUGGACCGUUACUCCAGCGUCCUUGGCUGAGUUCUGUCUUGCGCGGCGCAGCAGGUCGCUCCGGGCCCGCUUCGAGCCGCGCCGGCGCGUGUGUGCGUCCGUGCCGCUCUCGGUGUGCGCGGCCGCGCGCCUCGAUGCAUGUUUGCGUGAAU